AUGAAUAUUCUACAGUCCCUCUCCAUCUUACUGCUACUCCCACAUACAUUAGCAGAUGUUGACUUCACCGUGCCGACCAUUGGCACGAAUUUCAAGGCUGGCGACGUUGUUACUGCACAUUGGCGCGAGUCAGGGCAGUCUCCAUGGAUUUCGGAACUUUCACAAUAUGAUCUUUACCUCUACGCAGGAGGAGACACGGCUGAAACCCAGCAAGAAGUAGCUGUUCUGAUCAAAGACGGUCUGUUCGCUCGUGGGAAUUCUGUUUCCAUCAAGAUCGAUCCUGGUGUCGGAGGCAAUGAAGCCAACGCAUACUUCCUGAAGAUGGUUGCAUCUGGUCCUGAGGCCUUUGCCAUCAAUUAUUCAAAUCGCUUCACACUCAGUAACAUGACCGGGUCGUUCCCACCGCACCUCGUGGAAGAGAUUCGUUCUCUCUCAGAUCCUGACGGAUCCGCAGUCAAAGAAGAUCUACGAAAGAGAGUGGUUGGAGCAGCUUACGCAGCUUACACUGUACCCUAUCCUUUGCAGAGCGGUCCAACAAAGUAUGCUCCAAUGGCCAAGGAACCCGGGAGCACUAUCCCUGCGAAGACGAAGGCUCCAGCGCCGCAGUUCACAGCAAGUGUCUAUACAAUCGCAACGACUUGGCUUCCUCCAGCGACAGUGCAAGCUACACUUUCUGCAUCUGCAACGCACUCUGUUGUCAGUGUUGAGAACACAGCGGCCCCUGCACCGCAUCCCCACGAUGCCGCAAUGAGAAGAUUAAUGGAGAGAUGGAAGGACUAA